GCAAGGGGAGGUAUAAAAGGCCUGCAGCCCUGAGCCUUGUGCACACAGACACUCACACUCACACUCACACACUCACUCCCAGCCCAACCCCGCCAUGGCCGCCUCCACCAUGUCCGUCUGCUCUGAGCCCUGGCAGGUGGACGACUGCCCAGAGAGCUGCUGCGAGCCCCCCUGCUGCGCCCCCAGCUGCUGCCAGCCCAGCUGCUGCGCCCCGGCCCCCUGCCUGAGCCUCAUCUGCACCCCAGUGAGCUGUGAGUCCAGCCCGAGCUGCCAGCCGGCUUGCUGCUCCUCCUCCUGCCAGCCGUCCUGCUGUGAGUCCGUCUGCUGCAAGCCCGUCUGCUGCACACCCGUCUGCUGCAAGCCUGUCUGCUGUAAGCCUGUGUGCUGCACACCCGUCUGCUGUAAGCCCGUCUGCUGCACACCUGUCUGCUGCAAACCUGUCUGCGGCAUCCCCAGCUGCUCUGGAGCCUCCUCCUGCUGCCAGCAGUCUGACUGCCAGCCGGCUUGCUGCUCCUGCUCCCCCUGCCAGCCGUCCUGCUGCGUGCCCGUCUGCUGCAAGCCCGUCUGCUGCACACCCUCCACCUCCUCCUCCGUGUCCCUGCUCUGCCGCCCUGUAUGCAGACCCACCUGCUGUGUACCCAACUCCCCCUGCUGCUCCUCCUCCUGUGAGCCCAGCUGCGGCACACCCUCCUCUUCCUCCGUGUCCCUGCUCUGCCGCCCUGCCUGCCCCUGCCCGUCCUGCUGAGGCCUCUCCCUGCGCCAGAAGUCCUGCUGCUGAGUGGCCUUGGCACCUAUCCCCCCACAGGACCUGAAGCUCAGAUCCAACCUCAGUGCUCUCUCUGCUGGCCUCUGGGCAUCCUCAGCCUCUGUCCCCCUGGUGCGAUCCCACGGCCUC